AUGGUCAGUCCCGAUGCAAUAUGCAGGAGUCGCCCUCCAACGACACAAAAAUACUUACACCAUGCGAACAGGACCGAGCGUCUGGAUAGCGUUGGUCAGAAGACCCGCCUACCCCGGAGCGUCCAGGCAAUAUACAUGCGCCCCCUGCGGAGGAAGGCCGAAUAUGGUUUGCCCGUGUGCGAUCUGCAGUUGAGAUCGUACAGUGUGCGAAACGUGGAGUUCUUCGCCGACUUUGCCAUUCGCGCUGCGUAUUACCUGAAACUUCCCGUCUCUGGGCCUGUCCCUCUCCCGCGCAUUGUUGAACGGUGGACGUUCCCUCGAAGCAACUUCGUGCACAAGAAGAGCCAAGAGAACUUUGAGCGCAUAACGCUUCGUCGACUCAUCCAGAUCAAGGAUGGCCAUCCGGAUGUGGUACAGGCUUGGUUGGCCUUCCUGCGGAAGCAUGCGUUUUAUGGCGUCGGCAUGAAGGCCAAUGUCUGGGAACAUGAGAGCCUCGGUAUAGUAGCAUUCUUGUCAUUCUUUCAUGGUAUGGUCACUAAUAAUGUGCUCGGUGCAGAUGUCGCGAAGCGUAUGGACGAAUCUGUCGGUGAGAUUGAGAAGUCGCUGGAGCCUUAUAUGGAGCAGUUUGGGCAACGGACGGAUAUGGAAUCUCAGAACGAUCUCCUUGACCUCCUCAAGAAUGAGCGUUUUGUUCAGAACAAGGAACUUGUCAUUAAAUUAUCACAUACAAUGUCGCCAUUUUUCUCCAUUGGAUAUGGGUCAUUUAUCUAUAUUAUUCUCCUUGCAGCUCUUGUUCACGCCCGAUAUACUCCGUUAGAGAUGGGUGCAUUGCGCGAAUGGGUCCGGCUGCAGGACAACGCUACGGAAGGGACCAAGCUAAUCUUCUCUAUCGUCGACCUCCACGCCCUGACCUUACCGCAGGAUGCGCAUCAACUGAAGACAUGGAGAAAGGAGUCGUUCGCGACACUGUUGGCUGUGGGCCUCGAUCCCAAUCGAUCAACCAUAUUCUAUCAAUCCAACGUUCAUGCCCAUGCUGAAUUAUUCUGGAUCCUGAGCUCGGUAGCGUCUAUGGGUUACCUGUCGCGGAUGACACAAUGGAAGAGCAAACUCCAACUCCCUGAAGAUACGAAUCUGGAUGAUUCGGCGGCCCGGUCCAAGCUCCGUCUGGGCCUCUUCUCGUACCCUGUUCUCCAGGCCGCGGAUAUUCUAGUGCACAGGCUGACUCCGCGUGAUUUCACAGCGCCCGCCAAGCGCGUUAUGUCUUUGAAAGAGCCGACUCUGAAGAUGUCGAAAUCCCACGCGGACGAUCGUUCCCGGAUUCUCCUCACUGACAGUCCGAGCGAUAUCCAUAAGAAGGUCAAGGUUGCGCUCACAGACUCCAUAGCGGGCAUCACGUACGAUCCGUCUCAUCGACCUGGGGUGUCCAACCUCAUCGAGAUUUUGAGUCACCUUGAUGGGAGGUCUUGCGAAGAGCUGGCACUGGAGCACCAAUCAACAAGCCUGCGAGCGUUCAAGGAGCAUCUUGCGAAUCGAAUCUCCGACCACCUAGAGCCUAUACGGGACAGAUAUCAGUCUCUGAUGCAUGAUAAGACUGGAUAUCUCGAAAGCGUGGCAGAACAAGGCGCUAAGUCCGCACGCGUCAAUGCUGACGUUACCAUGAGGGCGGUCCGGGAGGCCAUGGGGUUAUGA